AUGGCAGCACUCCAGAACGGCAACCUCGACUGUGCAAACAAUUCGAUCCAUCAUUGCGAUGUCAAUCGCGAAAUUCCGUGGGACUUCGGCCCGAGACUUUGUUCAGCUACUUUCGGCAUCUUCAUCGAAAAUUUUGACGGCACUAAACCAAUCCAUCGCCGUUGUCUGGACGUUUUCCUUGGAAGAGGUGCAGACGUCGACUUAAAGCUCCAAGAAGGGUUCUUGCCCCUCUUACAGUUGGAGGCAGGGAUCUCGGCAGACCACUAUGGGAGAGGCUGGCAGGGGUGGUACGUCGAAGACCCCUUUGUGAGAAACUGGAGGCCUUCGAUACUCGACUUCGUUUUCUACUUCAAUAAUGAACUGUUCCAGGACUUGGCUGAGCGCAGUAAGAGAUCAGAAGAAUUCAACAGAGCGGCGGCUCUUAGUGCCCUAAGACAGGGCAUUAAUUCCCUUCAGGAGUACAUGACAAGGGAUUGGAAUUUUGACGGGUGUUGGAGAGGAGUCAUUGGAGAUCUGAGCAGUGCGGAUGUCUCAGAGUGGAAGAACCGUUGCCUUGAAAUACUUCUAGCCGAGCAAUUCGUUCUGAGUACUUGCGAAAUCGACAGAAAUAUCUGUUGGGAAACGGUACAGAGAUUGAUGGAGCUGGGAGUCGACGUGACCCGGUGUUCAAAGGAUGAAAAGCUCGCAUCUGAGAUGCUGUUGGCCACGGCACGACUCAUAACAUCAGAACAGGGAUCUGGUGAGAAGCACGGGUUGCAGAUACUGCGAUGGCUUUUGGACCGAGGCUUUCGAGUUGAAGCUCUUGCUUUAUCAGCUGCUGUUCAAGACCACGGAGUAGCCAUCCUGGAGUGUCUGGCCGCCCAUUGCUUCGACCUUAGGAAAUACGGUGUCAUCGCUCUUGCCAAGGCUGCUUCUAAAAACAACUUCAAUGCGACAAAGUUGCUGCUAGACGGAGGCGUGGACCUCAAUUCCACCUUUGUCCGUGAGCAUUGGGGAGAGAUCAGCGUUUUCGCGGCAGCCUUUCGAAGUUCGACUUUUGAGAUGACGAACAAGGUUGAAUUCAUUGUCGAAGAGAUGGUUUCGAUCAGCGACCCAUCAUAUCCAUCGGCACAACUUUUGGAGGCAUGCCUCAGCAGGAACUUGGGACCAGAAGAGAGGGUACAGAAAGACAAGAUCAUAAAGCUGCUUCUCGAACAAGGUGCUGAUGUCAAUGCUGCAAAUAUCCAAGGAACGACCGCGCUCAUUUCCGCAGCCGCGCUCGGAGAUCUAUCCACAGCCUUCAUCCUCCUGAAGCAUGGAGCCAGAGUCAAUAUGGUAUCGAGUCAACAACUGGGAGAUCAGACCGCUUUAGAUUUGGCCGCUCAUCUUGGUCGGCUGGACAUGGUUGAGUUCCUUCUCAACGCAAAUGCGCAGAGCGCAAGCGCCCGUCCUGGUGGCGAGAAAUAUGACGGUGCCGUACAAACGGCUAGGCACCGGGGUCACUUUGUGAUUGCUGAACUGAUCUGCAAGCAUGCGGCGGAUCCUUGCGCACAAUCAUUGCCCACACCUGAAGGCGACUCACGAACGGCCAAUCCCGUCCAAACAUACGGACGGCUUAUACCUAGCGAAGUCCAUGAAGGCAUCGCAAGUUCGAAGGAAGACAAUGCUGUGAGUUACAAUUCUGAUGACGGCUUGUUUGACAGCACUAUUGCGGGAACCAAAAGGAAGAGACAAACCAUGAGCGGGCCAGAGACGCCUGGUGUGAGUUGGACGCGUGUCAUUGAAGAGGUCGAAGAUGAAGAACAACCAGUACAUUUCAGGCGCAAAAGCUCCAGCGGGGGGAAGGGCGACCGGACUGCACACCAGCAUAAUAACACAUGGGAAGCCUCGUCAGGACAAGCAGUGGAACUGGAUGAAUCGAGUGGACAGAAUUGGAUUGAGGACGAGAAGCACGAUUGUGGGCCAAAGGUGUCGAAAGGCUUGGCUGUGGACGUCUUCAUGGGAUUCUCGGGAUCUCAAACUCUGUAA